CGGCCUCGGGAGGCGGGGCGGGGCUGGCAGGGAUAUCCAAAGAGGGGCCCUGGGGCUAGUGGAGGAGGCGGCACCGGGACGGCUGGUACAGGGGAAAGACGGACGGACGCGCUUCCGGCGGAAGGAGAGAGCCUCUUCACUGUGCUCCCGGAGGAAGCCGCGUCCCACUUCCGGCGGAAUCGCGAGGCCGCCGGGAACCCGGAAGGCUGCCGGAAGCUAUGGGACUCGGCUGGGUGGCAACCCGGGUCUGCGAGCGAGUUUUGAGAAGAACAUUUUCCCUACAUAAGGCACAGUCAGUAGAGGAUAUGGAGAAUUUCUUCCAGUUGGUGAGAAACAUUGUACCAGCCCCAACUUUGAAGAAACACAAAGGGCAAGAUGGGCGAAUAGGCGUGGUUGGGGGCUGUCAAGAGUACACAGGAGCCCCAUAUUUUGCAGCAAUCUCAGCUCUCAAGGUGGGUGCAGACUUGUCCCAUGUGUUCUGUGCCAGGGAGGCUGCGCCUGUGAUCAAGUCCUACAGCCCGGAGCUGAUCGUUCACCCAGUCCUGGACAGUCUGAGUGCGGUUGAGGAGGUGCAGAAGUGGCUUCCCAGGCUGCACGUCCUCAUCGUGGGGCCUGGCCUCGGCAGAGAUGACCAGCUGCUCAGUAACGUCAGGGGCAUUGUGGAGGCCUCCAAGGCCAGGGACAUCCCCCUCGUCAUCGACGCAGACGGCCUAUGGCUGAUCGCACAGCAGCCAGCCCUCAUCCAGGGCUACCAGAAAGCCAUUCUCACGCCCAACAAAAUGGAGUUCAGUCGACUCUGGGAAGCUGUGAUCGGGGGUCCUGUAGAUGACAGAGAUCACCGUGGGUCUGUCCUGCGGCUCAGCCAGGCUCUGGGGAACGUGACUGUGGUUCAGAAAGGCGAGCAGGACCUGAUAUCCAAUGGCCAACAGGUGCUCGCGUGCAGCCAGGAAGGCAGUAGCCGCAGGUGCGGGGGCCAAGGCGACCUCCUGUCCGGCUCCCUGGGGCCCAUGGUGCACUGGGCCCUCCUGGCCGGACCCGAGAAGACAAAUGGCUCCAGCCCGCUCCUGGUGGCCGCUUGGGGGGCAUGCACUCUCACAAGGCAGUGCAAUCACCAGGCCUUCCAGAAGCAUGGCCGGUCCACCACCACCACCGACAUGAUCUCCGAGGUGGGAGCCGCCUUCAGCAAGCUCUUUGAGACCUAAGGUCAGGUUACAUUUGUGACCGCGUACUGGGACACAGGCCGGGGCACAGGCUCCCCAUGAGGGCCUGAACCCUGGCUUCACUGACUGAUACCGAGAUUGGGAAAUCUGACAGCUGUUGUUGCCUAAACUGAAAUAUAUUUGGAGAUGUUAUAACUCUAAGCAGUCUCCCUCACUUGCUUAGCUUCUCAGCAGUAGCUAGCAAGGAGGGCGGAGAGGAUCUAUGAGAAGGAAACCCAACAGCACAGCUUCUAUCUGUCCUCAUGACCACACUUGGCUCCUAGAGAUCUCUGUUCAAAUGUCUGCUUACCCAAGGCUGCCCGGGGGCUUGGUUUGAUUUAUGAAGUAAGUGGGUGUUGGUGGGGUUUCAUUUAGAAUUCAUGGGAGAGAGGCACACCUGGAAAUCUGGAGCCGUCUAGAAGACUGGAGACUAGGGUGCUGCUGACACUUGGGGUGGUGGGGAGUGCAGGACAGUCCCCAUCUGGGCCAGAGGCCUAUGAGCCGACGUCCACCCUACAGCCAGGACCUGGGGAGUGUGUGGGGGGAGCUGUGCUUCUGAUGCAGCCCCUGGUGCCAUCCAGGGAAGAAGCGGCAGGUGUGUGGGAGACUUGAGCCUGGAUGGGGAAAGGGCCAGACUUUGUUGUCUCCAGGAAGGCGCAGCCCACUUGAGAUGGGCAGCUCUGAAUUCCAGUGGACAUGGUGGCCUCCUCUUACCUUUGUUUGUGGUAGAGACAGAGUAGCUGACAAGGACUUUCUGGUCUCUGACACUCAGUGCUGCUCCAGAUAGCUAGCAUGUCUUUAAAACCAGUCAGCUUGUCAGGUUUUCAUACAGAUUUGCUGUUACUUCACGUCUAAUUUAGAAGUUUGGUUCCGCAUGUGCACCAUCUUCUGGAUGUGCCCUGAAUGUCUUUGCUCUGGAGGGUUACGUGUAAAGCCUGGGACUGACAAGGCGAGAGGACCAGACAUGGCUGCACCCUCAGCACUGGGACACUGAAGGACAAGGAUUGCAGUUUAAGGGUAGCCUGGGCUAUGUCAACCCCAUCUGAGCAAUAAUAAAGAUUGGCGAUUGGAGACUGAU